AUGUGGAAGUCAUCAGUGCGUCUAUCAUCACUCGCAGACGCAUCUCUAUUACAAGGUGGCCGCUGUCUCAGCUGUCAACUCCGCAAUGUCAGCAGACUGCAGCCAUCACUGCGCUACUAUGCCACUAGCAAAAGCAAGAGCGGCAACGACGUGAAGCCUGCCACAGCAAGCAAGCCAACCACGACCGACAAGUUUCAGUUCAAACAGAAUGAUUCCCCAUCAGCACCUCAGCCUGGCGAUGCGGACUUUGUCCCUCCGGCCCUCGACCGUCCCAUCGGCACAGUAAUUCCGCCUCAAGAAGGACAAAAUACUGGCGUCGAUGAGCGAUCACUGCAACAAAGACGGGACGAUUUCGUCAAUUACGAUAAACACAUAGAGAGGCGCAAGGAAUUAACAAGGCAGGUCGCAAAACCAUACUUCAGAGAAUGGUCCAACAUGCGCUACCACGAGGGUAAGACCUUCAAAUCGAACCCUCGAUUGUUCAAACGAGACAAAGCCCUCUACUUCCCCAACAUGUACGGUAUCACUCUUGCGUCGCCAAAACAACCGCAAAACACCACGUCGAUACUCCGCGGCAAAGUGUCCGUCGUCAAUGUCUUCUCAAGCGUCUGGGCAGAGUCGCAGGUUGCGACAUUUACGGGCCCAAAGCAGAACCCCGGUCUAUGGGAGGCGAUGAAGACCGGAAGCGAGCUUGUGCAGAAGGUCGAUAUCAACCUGGAAGAAAAUGCUUUGAAGGCUUGGCUCGUCCGUACUUUCAUGUGGCGGAUGCGGGCCAAUCUGCCCAAGGAGCAGCACGAACGGUAUUUCCUUGUGCGUAAAGGUCUUACGGAUGGUCUGAAAGAAGCAAUCGGAAUGAUGAACAGUAAGGUUGGUUAUGUCUAUCUGCUGGACGAGAACUGUCGCAUCCGAUGGGCGGGUAGCGGGCCGGCAGAGGACGGCGAGCUGGAGGGAUUGAACAACGGUGUUCGCAAAUUAAUACAGGAGAGAAGGAUCAGUCUCGAGUCGGAGCUACCUGCUGAAGAAUGGGCGGGAAGAAACCAAAGUGAAUCCGCAAGUCUGAAGCCUAGAGUGGUCAUGCGGUGA